AUGGAACUAGACGAUGAUUACGUUGAGUACGUUCCAGUAGCGAAACGUAGAGCUAUAGAAAAACAGAAGAUUCUCCAACGGAAGGGAAAAGUCUCUCAAGAAGCUGAGAAGGAAUCCAAACCUAGCUUGCUCGUUCAAUCAACUCAGCUCAAACGAGAUGUACUUAGUGCUACAGAUCAGAUCAUCCAACAAGAGAAGGAGAUGAUGGAUCACUUAUCAGAUAAGAAGACGCUCAUAUCAGUUUGCGAAUUAUCCAAAGGUAUAACUUACACAGAGCCUAUGUUAACUAAUUGGGAGCCUCCUCUACACGUGACAAACAUGUCUAGGGAACAGAUAGAUUUGAUUAGGAAGCAGUUACAUAUCAUUGUCAACGGUGAAGACAUUCCUGCUCCUAUCAAGAACUUUAAAGAUAUGAUGUUACCAAGACCUGUUUUUGAGACUCUCAAGGAGAAAAGGAUCGUGAAGCCGACACCUAUUCAAGUUCAGGGUCUUCCUGUUGUUUUGUCAGGGAGAGAUAUGACUGGAAUUGCGUUCACUGGUUCCGGAAAGACUUUGGUUUUCGUUUUGCCGUUAAUCAGGCUUGCUCUCAUGGAGGAGAAGAGGAGGCCCAUUGGUCCUGGAGAAGGGCCCAUUGGGCUUAUUAUUUGUCCUUCUAGAGAGCUUGCUAGGCAGACUUAUGAAGUUAUCCAACAGUUUUUGGCGCCUUUAGUCGAAGCUGGACACGUGUCUUUGAGGUCUUUGCUAUGCAUUGGAGGUGUGGAUAUGAGAUCUCAGAUGGAUGUUGUGAAAAGAGGUGUUCAUAUCGUUGUUGCAACACCUGGGAGGUUGAAGGAUUUGCUGGCCAAGAAGAAGAUGAAUUUGGAUUCUUGCAGGUACCUGACGUUGGAUGAGGCAGAUAGGUUGGUUGAUUUGGAUUUCGAGGAUGAUAUUAGAGAAGUCUUUGACCAUUUCAAGUCUCAGCGUCAGACGCUUUUGUUCUCCGCCACUAUGCCUACCAAGAUUCAGAACUUUGCAAAGAGUGCUUUGGUGAAGCCUGUGGUGGUUAACGUGGGAAGAGCUGGAGCUGCGAAUCUUGAUGUUAUCCAGGAGGUUGAGUAUGUUAAACAAGAAGCGAAGAUUGUUUACCUCCUCGAGUGUCUUCAGAAAACUUCUCCGCCUAUUUUGAUAUUCUGUGAGAAUAAAGCGGAUGUUGAUGAUGUUCACGAGUACUUGUUACUGAAAGGAGUGGGAGCUGUGGCUAUACACGGAGGGAAAGAUCAGGAGGAUCGAGAGUAUGCGAUCUCUUCGGUCAAAGCUGGGAAGAAAGACGUAUUGGUUGCGACGGAUGUUGCUUCGAAGGGACUUGAUUUCCCUGAUGUAAAACAUGUAAUAAACUACGAUAUGCCAGGGGAGAUUGAGAACUAUGUGCAUAGGAUAGGAAGAACAGGUCGGUGUGGGAAGACUGGGAUAGCUACAACGUUUAUAAACAAGAACCAAAGCGAGACAACGCUGCUUGAUCUGAAGCACUUGUUGCAAGAAGCUAAACAGAGGAUUCCACCUGUACUUGCGGAGCUGAAUGAUACAAUGGAAGAAGCGGAGAGCGUUGCUAACGCAAGUGGUGUCAAGGGUUGUGCUUACUGUGGGGGUCUUGGACAUCGGAUUAGAGAGUGUCCGAAACUGGAGAAGCAGAUGAGUGUGGCGAUAUCUAACUCUAGAAAAGAUUACUUUGGCUCUGGUGGAUACAAAGGAGAGAUAUAAUCAUAUAAUCAGGAGGGUCCUUUUUUUAUUGCAAAGUUCCACUGUUGUUAACUGUCACCUAUGCAUAUACUAUGUAGACUAAUAAUCAUUAACGAAGGUUCUUU